AUGGCAGCCAAGAUUGGGAAGCUGGCUGGGAAGGGGGACCUGUUCCCUGUUCCCAGCAAAAGGCUUUGCGUUCAUGUCAUCCUGCACCCUUUUUACUCCACAGGGGGAGAAGCACUAUACCUAAUCCUCUUACCUGCUAUAGGCAACGUGGCAGAGAAUUCUCCACCUGGGACUUCAGUGCACAAGUUUUCUGUGAAGUUAUCAGCAUCACUGUCACCUGUGAUCCCAGGAUUUCCUCAGAUAAUCAACUCAAAUCCCCUCACUGAAGCCUUCAGGGUGAUUCAGCUGUCAGGCACCUACUUCGAGGUUGUCACCACUGGGAAGGAACAGCUAGAUUUUGAAACAGGACCAAACAUAUUUGAUUUGCAGAUUUAUGUGAAGGAUGAGGUUGGGGUCACAGACCUGCAAGUCCUGACCGUCCAGGUAACAGAUGUGAACGAGCCACCCCAGUUUCAAGGCAACUUGGCGGAAGGUCUACACCUCUACAUAGUAGAAGGAGCAAACCCUGGAUUCAUUUACCAGGUUGAGGCCUUUGAUCCAGAAGACACAAGCCGAAAAAUUCCCCUCAGUUAUUUCCUGAUUUCUCCCUCAAAGAGCUUCAGAAUGUCUGCUAAUGGCACCCUCUUCUCCACAACAGAACUGGACUUUGAAGCAGGACACAGCAGUUUCCAUCUCAUCGUGGAAGUGAGGGACAGUAGAGGCCUCAAAGCCUCCAGAGCGCUCCAGGUGAAGCCCCUCACUUUACCAGACCGGGUGCAGUGGCUCACACCUACAUGAGUGUACAUGAUCCUGGAGGAACUGAGUCCAGGAACCAUCAUGGCCAACAUCACAGCGGAGAAUCCUGAUGAUGAAGGUUUUCCUAGCCACCUCCUCUACAGCAUUACCACUGUUAGCAAAUAUUUCAUGAUAAAUCAGUUGACUGGUACAAUCCAAGUGGCCCAAAUGAUACACCGAGAUGCAGGUGAAUUGAGACAAAAUCCCACCAUUUCCCUGGAAGUUCUAGUGAAGGACAGACCAUAUGGGGGUCAGGAGAAUCACAUCCAGAUAACCUUCAUUGUGGAAGACAUCAGCAACAAUCCUGCCACAUGCCAAAGGUUCACCUUCAGCAUUAUGGUGCUGGAAAGAACAGCCAAGGGGACGUUGCUUCUUGACCUGAACAAGUUCUGCUUUGAUGAUGACAGUGAGGCACCAAACAACAGAUUCAACUUCACCAUGCCAUCUGGAGUGGGGAGCGGCGGCAGAUUUUUACAGGAUCCAGCUGGCUCUGGGAAAAUUGUGCUGAUUGGUGAUCUAGACUAUGAAAAUCCAAGUAACCUAGCAGCUGGCAAUAAAUAUACGGUGAUAAUCCAGGUGCAGGAUGUGGCCCCCCCUUACUAUAAAAAUAAUAUCUACAUUUAUAUCCUAACAAGCCCAGAAAAUGAGUUUCCUCUCAUUUUUGAUAGGCCAUCCUACGUAUUUGAUGUGUCAGAAAGAAGGCUGGCCAGAACCUGAGUGGGACAGGUGCAAGCCACUGAUAAAGACCUCCCCCAGCGCAGCCUCGUGUACUCCAUCUCCACCGGAGGGGCCAGCCUCCAGUACCCGAAUGUAUUUCGGAUUAAUCCCAAGAUGGGAGAACUCCAGCUGGUAACUAAAGUAGACUACGAAACAACCCCUAUCUAUAUGCUCAGAAUCCAGGCCACCAACAACGAGGACACAAGCUCUGUCACUGUUACCAUGAACAUCCUUGAAGAAAAUGAUGAAAAGCCCAUUUGUACUCCAAACUCUUAUUUCCUGGCCCUCCUAGUGGAUCUGAAAGUUGGCACAAAUAUUCAGAAUUUCAAGCUGACGUGUACUGACCUUGAUUCCAGCCCCAGAUUUUUCCAUUAUUCCACUGGCCCAGGUAACGUCAACAAUCAUUUCACCUUCUCUCCCAAUGCUGGUUCCAACGUCACACGCCUGCUGCUUACAUCUCCCUUUGACUAUGCUGGUGGGUUUGAUAAGAUCUGGGACUACAAGCUACAUACUGUCUACAUAACUGAUGACAACUUGCUGUCUGGCAGGAAGAAAGCUGAGGCUCUUGUUGAGACAGGAACAGUGACACUGAGUAUUAAAGUCAUUUCCCACCCAACCACUGUCAUCACCACAACCCCCAGGCCCAGGGUCACCUACCAGGUCCUGAGGAAAAACGUUUACUCUCCAUCCACAUGGUACGUGCCUUUUGUCAUCACUUUGGGCUCCAUAUUGCUUCUGGGUCUCCUGGUGUCCCUGGUUGUCCUAUUGGCCAAAGGCAUCCACAGACACUGUCCCUGCAAGACUGGGAAGAACAAGGAACAUCUGACAAAGAAAGGAGAAACGAAGACUGCAAAGAGAGACGUUGUGGUGGAAACUAUCCAGAUGAAAGUCUUUGAUGGAGAAGUCAUAAAUCCAGCGACUGGGGAAAUAUAUGCAUUCAACUCAAAAACUGGAUCCAGAAAGUGGAAAGAUCCACUAACCCAAAUGCCAAAAUGGAAAGAGCUCAGCUCCCAGGGAGCGGCCCCAUGCAGAGUCGCUGCUGGGGAAGGGAUGGGGCCACUGAGAAGCGCCAACCGGGGAAAAGAUGAGCUGAGUGGCAAAGCGUGGGCUGAGGAUGCUGGUCUGGGUUCCAGAAAUGAGGAUGGCAAGCUGGGCACCCCAAAGAACAGAAAUCCAGCCUUCAUUAACAGGGCUUCCCCCAAACCACACCCAGGAAAGUAAACAGGGGCCUGUCAAUCACUGGGAUGCUGCCUC